UAUACAUGUAAUAGUGCAGCCCCUCCGUGAGACUUGUCACGGUAUAUCCAUAGGUUGCAAGUGGAAGCGCCUUGACCUACAACACUUACUCUAAACCAUUUUUCGGAUCGGCUAUUUGCUACCAUGACGCGACGCGCCAAUGCUUAGUUAAACAGUUUCCCAACUCCUGCGCAUCUCAACCAUGUAUGGCGAUCUUGGAAAUAAACUCGUGCAACAGGCAAAACGCACUCAGAAUCUAGUCCAUCUACCGCCCUACCAAACGGAAAUAGUUCGUGCUGUUACCCGCGAAGUACGCGAUCUAGACAAAGAUGUCGGUGCUCUCUUGGAGCCUUUCCAUGGUUCUUUCCAUCCCGCCGACGACCCAGCUGUCGCAUGCACCUUGCUCGUAAACCACCUGUCGAUGCGAAGAAACAAGAGAUGUCUACUCGCCUAUCAUCACACAAGAACAGACAGGCUCGAGGAGUUAGUAUGGAAAGGCUACGACGUAGUCGACUUAGCUGGCCUGCAAGUCAGAGACGCUUCGGGCAAUGCCAGCGGUGCCUCCAAUCUGGCAAAUGGGAAUGGGGGCAUGAGUAACUUGAGCCCGCAAGAGGAGGAUUAUGUUCGACAGUAUAGCGAUCUUCUCGCUGCGUACAAAGGGCAGUGGACAGAUAUCGACCUGACCGGCAGUCUCGAACCACCACGAGAUUUGUUUAUCGAUGUCAGAGUUUUGAAAGACGCAGGGGAGAUCCAGACAGAAUAUGGAGCUAUUACCUUGACGAAGAAUAGUCAAUUCUAUGUGCGGCAAGGGGACGUCGAACGCUUAAUCGCACAAGGCUACCUACAAAAGCUCAGCUAACAUAUGACCUGAAGAUGAACCGACCUUAAGUGUCUAUCAUCAGCCAGAUGCUCUCGAUUAUAGCGUAUUGCCGCUCUGCUCGAAACGGGUCCUUUUGAGUGUAUGAAUGUCCAAAUGGGUCAAUUCAACGUCUCAAUGCGAGAAAACCUUGUGUUCAUUACACUACAGUGACAUCUGCGAAGUUGUAAUGUUUUUUCCUACAAACUACGCAGCCAGGUUCAGACAUUGCUUGCCUACCGUGACCGGCAUCGGAUGCUGAG